AGUCACUGCUAGUUUUGGGGAGUUUAUCAGUAAAGUCAAGCCCGAGCACCUGUCCUCUGUGGUUCUCCACCGCAGUAAAAGAAUGGUACUGGACAGCAUUGGAGUUGGUCUCAUUGGUAGCACAACUGAGGUGUUUGAAAUGGUGCUACAACACUGCAAGCACAUGUAUGGCCAUGAUAACAUCUGCUCAGUGUACGGAAAARGAGGCAUCAGGCUCUCCCCAACACUGGCAGCUUUUGUCAAUGGAGUGGCAACUCACUCCAUGGACUUUGACGACACCUGGCAUCCAGCAACUCACCCAUCCGGAGCCGUCCUUCCUGCUGUGUUAGCGCUCAGUGACAUGAUGCCRGCCAGCAGGAAACCCAGCGGUCUGGACUUCUUACUCGCGUUUAAYGUGGGCAUCGAGAUCCAGGGCCGCCUGAUGAGGUUCUCCAACGAGGCCCACAAUAUUCCUAAAAGGUCNUGUUCUUUUGUCAUGACCUGUGAUCAGGAAAAAAAGUCAAACACUUAA